AUUGUCGUAACAUCGCAUUUGCGACAACAAGAGCGAUGUGCCGUAAAGAGUAACAAAGUCUGAACACAUGGGAAGUGUGAGCUACGAUGGAAGCAAAACAUAAGAAGAAAACGUUCUCCCCAAAGGGUGACAAGAAAUAUGCACAGAAAGGAAAAGGCAAAAAGUUCAAAGAAUCCACAGGUAAACCAGGUGGUAAACAAACUGGCAAGCCAGCUGGGAAACGGCCAUUCAAGCAUCAGACUACGGAGAAAGGGAAGAAGUUUGAGAAGACUGGAGGAAAGGGAGGCCCACAAAAGUUUCUGAAGAAAAAACAGAUAGAUGGAAAAUUCUCAGGGAAGAGGAAAUUUCCCCAGGGGAAGGGAGAUCAGAAGGAAGGUUCUGAAGCAAAGAAGCCUAAAUGGGAUGAGUUCAAACAACAGAAGAAGGAGCUGAAACAAAAUCGGCAACAGAAUGAGAAAAAGGAGAGUUAUCACAUCAUCAGCCGAGCCAAACAAGUGUGGGAGAUGGUGAGGAGGAAAGACUGUGACAAGGAAAAGAGAGCCAAACUCAUGAAUGAGCUACAGGAGCUUGUACACGGCAAAGUAAAAGCAAUUGCCUUUGCACAUGAUUCAACCAGAGUACUACAGUGCUUUAUCCAGUUUGGAAACGACAAGCAAAGGCAAGAGAUCUUUGAUGAGUUAAAAGAUCACAUUGUUGAACUUAGCAAGUCAAAAUAUGCAAGAAAUAUUGUGAAGAAAUUUUUAAUGUAUGGUAACAAGGAGCAGGUGGGGGAGGUGAUGAAGGCCUUCAAGGGGCAGGUGAAGCAGAUGCUGAGACACUCCGAGGCCUCCUCGGUGGUGGAGUAUGCCUACAAUGACAAGGCCAUUCUGUCCCAGAGGCUCAUGUUGACCGAGGAGCUCUACGGGAACACAUUCCAAGUCUGCAAGUCUGCAGUUUGUCCCACACUGGAUAAGGUGCUGGAGAGCAACCCCGAGAAGCAGAGCAGCAUUAUGGAAGAGAUGAAACAGAUUCUCACGCCCAUGGCCCAGAAGGAAGCCGUUGUAAAACAUUCAUUGGUUCACAAAGUUUUCCUGGACUUCUUUCUAUAUGCCAUACCCAAGCAGAGAUCGGAAAUGAUCGAGUCCAUACGGGAUGCGGUUAUGCACAUGGUGCACACUCAUGACGGAGCCAGGGUAGCCAUGCACUGCCUGUGGCAUGGCACACCAAAGGAUAGGAAGUUUCUUGUAAAAAACAUGAAAACGUACGUCGGCAAGAUUGCUAUGGGCGAGUAUGCUCACUUGGCACUUCUUGCUGCCUUUGACUGUGUCGAUGACACCAAGCUGGUAAAACAGGUCAUCAUAUCGGAGCUUAUUGCUUCCCUCUCAGAAAUCAUCUCUAAUAAAUACGGAAAGAAAGUGAUUCUGUACCUGCUGAGCCCUCGAGACCCAGCCCACAUCCUACCUGAGAUCAUCCAGGUGUUGGAGAUGGGGGAUGGGAAUGCCCACAGUAAGAAGGAUGUGGCAGUCCGGCGCAGGGAGCUCCUCGAAGCCGUGUCCCCUCCGCUCCUGCAGUACCUCUGUGACAACGCCCGUUCCAUGGUGAUGGACAAGGCCUCCAGUGUCGCCGUGAGUGACAUCCUGGGAGCAGCCACUGGUGACCUGCGACCUGCUAUGGAGGCUGUGGCUGACCUGGCUGCAGAAGACUUCACACCUGGCGGAGUGGAGGGACAGCUGCACAUGGCCGAGCACCCUGCAGGCCACCUGGUGCUGAAGUGGCUCAUCGAGCAGGACUCCAAGAUGAAGGAGGCCCAGAGAGAAGAGCGGUUCUCCAGGGUUCUGCUGGAGCGGGUUGGACUGGACAAGCUGAAGACCUGGGCUUCAGUCAACAGGGGAGCCAUUGUUCUCUGUUGUCUUCUUCAGAGGGUGGACGAGGGUGUCGCAGCAGAAGUGAAAGAUGCACUGAAGUCCAUCAUUCCUGAACUGCAGAAGAUUGAGAACUCGAAGGGAGUGGAAGCUCUACUAGAAAAGCUUGCCAAUUAAAGACUUUUCUUGUUUAACAGACAUUUAAAAUAUUUGCAAUUUCUUACCACAUCUGUUAUUUGAAGAUUGCAAGAUGUGUUUUACGAGUAAUUCACCUUUGUCAUUGAUGUGUCCUCACUGAAGGUCACACAGCCAUCAUCCAGAAAGAGUGAGAGGGUUGCACCGAUACACAUUCAGUACGCAGUGCUACGGCUUGCAUUCCAGAACCUUCCAUAGCCUUAAUUUCUGAAAUGCAAAAUUUUGUUAUCUUUUGUGUCGGGUUUGAGCAGUCUGAAGGGUGAGUGAGUCAUUUUUACUGGAGACAUUUAUGCCAGUAACAGGGGUUCAUGGUGAGUGUUCACAGGGAGAUGACUUUGAACAUCAGAGACCCUCCCACAGCCACAUCCCAUCACAAUUUAGCGGUUAAGGUCCAAGUGUCAUUUAAAUGAUAUAUUCUUUGCAUCAUGACUUUCAGCAAAGAUCAUGUCCUGUGUUGUCUUUUUUUCCCUGCAUUUUAAGGAAAUAAACAUUUUGUUUAUGAAAAUGGUCAUCAAUAACAAUGUUUGUGGGAAGAAAUCCAAUAUUAUUUCCACAAUAUGUGUUUUGUAUUACUAAUAAACACUCUUUGCAAAUGAGAUGACUGCAUAUAUUGGUUGUUGGAGCCCAUUUCAGUUCCAGGGCUUCACCUUCACAAUUUAAUGCUUUGGUACAUGCAAUGUCAAAUCCCUCCUCUGUAACUUUGUAUCCUGGUAUUUAACAGAAAAUGGAAACGGAAGCAAUGGGUCCUUACUGGCAAAUUAAUUUAGUAGGCCCACUGACUCCCAUCUGUCCUAGAAUCCGUAUGGAUUCCCUCAGCCGAGAAACGGCUUAUUUCUUAGCAGUGCCCUCCAGAGAUCUCUCCUCUAAUCUUUUAAGGGAUUAUCAAUGACAAUUUCACUAUAAUUUGGGGAUUUGUUUUAGUACUAUACUGUAUGUGCCAUGGUUUAGUGUUCCCAAGGAAUCCAAGAUCAAUUACUACACUAACAAGUGCAAUCCCUGUAAGCAGUGUUUCUAUUUUUGCUAUCAAGGUCUUCUGCUUUGGAGACCACGGACUGCAGCUGUACAAAUCAAAUUGUGUUUGACCUCUGUCUCAUUUUGGAUUGCAAGUCUUUCUGAUGAUCUGAUCUUUAUUUGCUCAAUUUUCAAUUCAGAUGAAGGGAGCAGAGUUCCAUUUCACAUUCAAAGAUGUGACUUUGA